CCCCCCGCCCCGACAGCCCAGGCAGCGCUCGGAGCUUUGUGUUUUUCCGGGAAAGAGAACUAUUCCGCGGAAAAGUCACCGGUUUUACGCACCGGGGCUGAACUGUCCUCGCAAAGGUCACCCGAGAGCCGCGGGCUGCUCGAUUGGAAAAUCAGUCCCUCUUUUGUGCUUCUUGGUUCGAACUUGUAUUUGCUUUCCGAGCAAGGUCACYGCUCAGCUGACCAACUUUGUAACUGCUGGAACGGGCUGGGGUUCAGCGCCUUUGCUGCUCCGAACCCUUCGCUGCCGGGGCUGGGCAGGAGGAGAUGCUUUGGAGGGAGGCGAGAGCUGCUGCUGGUGCCCGGGGGGUUUGUAGGUGCCGGCGGGAGAAGAGUGAAGCGACUCCUGAGCCCUUGUCAGAAGAUGCUUAAGUGACAGCCCAGUUAGACCCCACCAUGGAGAACACAGAAGCAGAUGGCCGGGCACCCAAACCCGACGGGGACAGGGAGCAGCCSCGCAGCCUCCCCUACUCCCUGGAGACUCCCUACGGCUUCCACCUGGACCUGGACUUCCUGAAGUACGUGGACGACAUCGAGAAAGGCCACACCAUCCGGAGGGUGCACAUCCACCGCCGAGCCAAGCAGCCCAAAUUCAGCACCCUGCCCCGCAACUUCAGCCUGCCCGAGAACGGCACCCGCGGCUGYUCCGCCGCCGCUCCCAGCAAGAGCUGGACGGCGAGCUGCUCCUUCCCGCAGCGCAAAGCAUCCCUGGCGGAGGAGCCCCCCCGGGCCCCGCUGCCCUCCGAGGAGGAGCCGAGCUACCGGCGGCAGGCGCUGCUGGCCGAGACGCGGCGGCAGGCGGAGCCGGGCUGGCCGCGGGAUGCGCUGCGGGCGCGGCCGCAGCUGCUGCGAGCCUCCAGCAUGCCCGACGCGCUGCCACCCGGCCAAACCCCGCCCGGGGGACCCCUCCGGACCCCUCCCCAGCACUGCCGCGAACAGAGCGGCUCCGAAAACGCCUUCCCCGCCAGCCCGGACAGCGCCGCGGUCAGCCCGGCCAGGGAGGGGAGCUCGGAGCAGGAGAGCUCAUCGUGGCAUCCCGGCGGGGUGGUGCCGGGGCUGGUCCCCGUGCAGCAUCCCCGGCAGAGCCCGCAGCUGCAGGUGGUGAUGGAGAGCGGAGGGGAGGAGGGCGAUGCUGCGGCACCGGGCGCSCUCCAGCUCACAGAGGAGAGCGUGAACCCUGCGGAAAGGGGGCUCAGCCCAAGUGAGGCAAAUCUGAAUGCACCGAAGAACGGUGAGGAGAGGAAUGUCCAGGCUGGAGGGGACGAGGAGAGCGGUGUUCUGCAGGCUCCUGACGCCAGAGAGCCCGGCGGGGUCGUGGCACUGAAGCAGCAGAUCGCUGACCUGGAGGAGCAGCUGGGCAAGAAGAAAGAGGAGCUUGAGCGGGUCAGGGCCGUGCUGGAGCAGCAGGAUCAGGAGAUCAAGGAGAAGGAGAAAAGCAUUAAGCUGCUGGCCAGCUCCAAAGCUCAGCUGGAAGAGCAGCUGUGCCAGCAGAGGUGCCAGGAGGCCCCCGUGCAGUGCCUGGAUGCUGCRGUGAACACCGAGCUGUCCCAAGUGACAGGGGCCAGGCAGGCCCAGGACAAAGCCAUCAGYGUCAAUCUCCCGCUCCUCACCAGGUCCAUCGGCUGCACUGCAGACGGUGUGAGCACCCAGACCGUGGAGCUGGGAGUCUGUACAGAGCAGGGACUGGCGGGUGCUCGUGCACAGGGACAUUUGGGUGAAGCCAGCGUGGAGGCUGGAYUUCCUGCUCCGUGCUUCACCCCGCUGCAGAUCCACGAGAGCACCAGCGACGACAACCAGAACCACCGCAGCAGCUGCGACUCCUUGGGCUCGGAGGCAGCCCAAAGCAAGGCAAACUUUGGAGAAGAUGAACCUUGGGAAGGUGCACCUGGCCACGAGGAUCUGCCAGCUCUUGACCCCAUUGGCCAAUAUGUGAAAAAGAUCCAGGAGCUGCUGCAGGAGCAGUGGCUGUGUUUGGAGCACGGCUACCCCGAGCUGGCCAGCGCUAUCAAGCAGCCGGCCUCCAAGCUCAGCUCCAUCCAGAACCAAUUAGUUAAUUCCCUAAACUCCCUGCUCUCUGCCUACUCCUCGCAAGGGCCCGUGGAUAAGGAGAAUUCCAACACACACUAUCAACAGUUGGAAAACUCUCCAACCACAAGUCUUAAAUCCAUCAUGAAAAAGAAAGGUUAUGGUUUCCAUGCAGGAGGCAAUGGGACCAAAAAGAAUCUGCAGUUUGUUGGGGUAAAUGGUGGCUACGAGACCACGUCAAGCGAAGACACGAGCUGCGACGAGAGCGCGUCCGACGGCGACACCGAGACCGAGACAGAGGGCAGGGCCAGCGAUGUGGAGCCUGGGCAGGCUGGGAGUGACAGCAGAGGGGCUUCCUCGGGGAAAAGGUGUGAGGAUGAUGGUGAUGAUGAUGAUGAUGAAGGGCAGGAGGCAUCAGCAGGAGCAGCGCCCAGCACUCAGCAUGAGGCUCACAGAUCCAAACCCUCCGAAGAUUUCCUUGCUGCCUGCCAGCUCCUCAGCGAACAYCUCCCAGAAAUCAGGAGCACAAGCGACAAGCAUCUGCGCCACGUGCUCAGCGUCGUGUCCCAGGAGUGGUUCCAGGUGUCCAGCCACAAGGCRUCCCGGCCGGAGGUGGUGGCAGCGUACCUGGGGACACUGGGGGACAUCCGGCCCCCGCUGCUCGAGGCCGUGGUGAACCUGCCCGACAGGAAUGGCAACACAGCUCUGCACUACAGCGUCUCCCACUCCAACUUCCCGGUGGCAAAGCUCCUGCUGGACACGGGCGUGUGCUGCCUGGACCUGCAGAACCGCGCCGGCUACACGGCCGUGAUGCUGACACCGCUGGCGGCCCCCGAGACCCGCCAGGACAUGGAGGUGGUGAUGAGGCUGCUGAGGGAGGGGGACGUCAACCUGAGAGCUGCCCAGGGAGGCCAGACCGCGCUGAUGCUGGGGGUCAGCCACGACAGGGACGACAUGGUGCGAGCCCUGCUGUCCUGCCAGGCCGAUGUCAACCUGCAGGACGAGGAGGGGACCACGGCGCUGAUGGUGGCCUGUCGCCAGGGCAACGCCGACAUCGUGCGGCUGCUGCUGGCCCAGCCCGGCUGCCAGGUCACGCUGACCGACAAGGACGGCAACUCGGCGCUGUCGCUGGCCCACGGGGACAUCGCCGCGCUGCUGCGAGCGCAUAUGGAGCUCAGCCCGGUGUGAGCCGGCGGGGAUGGAGCCGGGCUGGGAGCUGGAGGGAGCAGCUCCUCCCGAACAGCCCCGCGGGGUCACGGGCAGGAACCUCCCUGCGUUACUGAACAACCUUCCCUGUGUCUCAUCCUCCUCCUUCAUCCCUGUCACAAACCCCGAUCUGUGCCCAGUGCCACAAACAACUCCAAACUCUCCUGCCCCGCUCCUCCCGGUGUAGAUUUGGCAGCCAAAACGAGGGAGAAAUGCACAUUAGAACGGCAGCACUUACUCUUUUGUAACCUGAGGUUAUGGGUGUCCUUUUAAUCGACUGCUUAACUGUAUCUCAUUUAACUUGUAAGUUUGUGUCCUAAUAUUUAUUAUCAGCUCUUCUGCGAGUAGUGGCAGGCAGCGAUUACUCCGUGUAUGUAACAACAAACACAAGCUGGACAGAUUACGGAACGCGUAAAAUCCUAUUUAUGUUUGCUUAUGCGGGUCUGAUGCAAGAAUUAAAAAUUAAUGCUCUAGGAAAAUAUUUGCCUAUGCCAGACCCAAACACACAGACAUUGUUUUGCCUGGAUUUGGAAUUACCAUAUGGCCCAGAUUUUCCCCUAAUUAAGUUGGAGCUAACGGGGAAGCGCAGCCACUGACAGGCUCGGCAUCGCAGUGGGGCGGAGCAGGGCGUUCCAAACCCGGGAGGAUCCCGGCAGAUUCCCGUCACAGGGCGUGUCCGUGCUGUCCGAGAGCUCCGAGGAGUGGCUUUGCUGGCAAACGCCUUUUGGAGCAGCUCUCUGCUCGAUUUUAACGUUCCCGAGCUCCUCCUGCAGAGCCACGCCGUGAUUGAGCUGCUGGAAUCGGGGCUCCCCCACCACAGGGUACAGCACCACCCCAAAUCAGGGGUUUCCCUGAAAUCCUUCUGCUGUUGAUGGAGAGGGAGGCAGAGUUCAGGUCCCACUUUCCCAAGCAUCCUUAUUUUGCUGCAUGUGGACCUACUGGAUGCUCUCCCUUGGCUUUGGUGGAGAUGGAGGGUGCCAAACUCACGUCUCCCUGAUCAGCUAAUUGCUCUUUCUUUUUGUAGAAAAAGCAGAAGUGAAUUCCAGACCACUUUGGUGGUUGUUAAGUCAGUUCACAUCCUGAUAAAACAUCUCUUGAGCUGCCUUGAGCCCCCAUCCUUGCAGGGAGGGGAGAAGAGCCCUGACCUCUGUUUUCCAUGGAAAUCUGCCAUCUGCUCCACUUUCUUCCGUUUCUUCACAUUUUCACUCCAAAGCAUUCACAAUCUCAAACUCCUAUCUGCCUUUUUUUUUUUUUAAUCUGUAUCCCAAAAUGCAGUUGCCUCCUUUAUGGAUAAAUAAACUGAGUUAA